GACAAUCUCUCGCUUUCUAGCAUUUUCCAUUGUUCGAUAGCCUUUGCCUUGAUUUCACCAUGAAGCGCAUCAAAAAUUUGAAAAGAAGUUCGUUUCAGGAGCCCAUCCUUUCGAAGGAGUCCAGUGGGUCAAUGGAUCUCAGCGAUGGCGACGAAAACGAUGCUGGCAGUGCGAAUGUGCUGACAAAGCGCACCAAGAAUCUCGUUUUCAAGAAGUAUAUGCCCAAGUUCCGCAAGCUGGUUGACUGUGAAUACGAAGAUCCCAGCGCUUCUGCCUAUGAGCCACCUCCCAAAUUCUACUGUUCAAUGAAGCUACCGGAAAAAGUUGAGGCCGCACAACCCAAGAUAUUUUCGCAGGCUUCAAGUAGAGACGCAUUCGCACGGUUUCAGCGAUUGGAUAGUCCAGUGUCUCUGAACGAAGGACUCAAUUCCCAGUUUCCUAUGGACUUCAACAACAAGUCAUCUGCAAGUAAGAGAGUAGGAGAGCCUCAGAGAGACGAUUCUAGUGGAAGACAAGAAUAUCAUCCUCCGACUUUCCCCAUCAACACGUGGCAAGGCAAACGAUGCUUCAGCGAUCAGACCAAAAAGACCUUCGACGUCCGCGACAAUAAUAUUCAUUCCGAAAUCGAAGCUUUGUUCAACAAAAAUGCUGAAUUGGAAGAUGCGAGCGAGGCUGUGGCUAAAUCUGAUGAAGCCAGUGACGAAUUUCGUCAGUUUGUAUUCGACGAAAGUUUCAGUCGCAUCGAAAAUGUCACGGUCCAGAAAAGCGAUUCAGGUGUCAGUAACUUCGUAGCAUCUUCUGUUGCUGCAUUGACCGCCAAUUUGACGCAAAACAUUCGUCAGAAAGCAACUCCAAUGCAAAGGAAUGGGAAGAAACCGAUUUCGGGGCAGACGACGUCCACAACUAAGCUCUCGGUGAAGGAGUUGAAAAAAAGCUUCAAGGAUUCUGCCUUUCACAAGCGUGCCUCGAAAAUCGGGAACUCUUCGGCUUCGAAUAGCUCUUCCUUCCGCCCUCCCCAUUCUCUAUCAAAACACAAGACCUGUUCGGUAUCUAGCAAUGGUCCGCCUUCGAAUGCGUCAGUUGUCAGCUCUCAAACUGAUGGAAACAAUCCAUUCUUUGCCAAAGAUGACGCGACGGAAGUCGAUCCUUUCGAUUUUACUAGUGACGCUAAUCAUGAUGAUGUGGAUUGGGAUGUACCGUUGGAGAAAAGCGCAAAAACUUUGGAGAAAACGAAAACAUUCUCAUCAGCUUUUGCCGCCAAAUUUGAUAAAACGAUGAACAAGCCGUCUAAAGUUGAUAAAAGGAUGAUCAAGCCGUCCAAAGUUGCCCAGAAUGUAAAAACGUCAACAAGCAUGGACAACAAUGCGUUGAUCCAAUGCAUUCGCAAUUCAGUAUCUGAUGUGCGAUCCACAAAACCUGAUCCGUCUCCUCGGGGUGCUGCAUCCAUUACGUCCUACAUGGCCCGUAAAAGCCACAAGUCGAGUAAACGCAAGCCUUUGUUGAACGCUGGUGCCAAGGUGCCCAGGAACCCUGUAAAAGGCGAUGGUCCCAAGGGUCUUCCGAAUAACGCUAUUCUCGGAUCUAUGCUUUUUCGGCAUACUAGUCCAACACUUGCAAAGAGGUUUGAUGAUGACGAUGAAGAGGCACUUUUACCAGAUGUACCCCCAGCAAUUUUGACUGCCGCGUCCACUGAAAGUACAGUUUCCAGUGUAACGGAAGAAGCAAGUUCGUUUUAUCAAAAGAAUUUCGAGGGUUGGAAUAAGCAGGCAUAUGACGCUUUGAACCAUUUCCAUCGUAUGCGCAAGAGUGAUCCUAAACGUUACCGGGCUGGGGGUCGUCUUACGAGUGUAGAAGAGGAACACCGAAACAUGUUUAGUGCUUAGACAAAGGCAGAAUUCUUGCUCAGAAUCAAAAGGCGAGCGACUGACCGACCGACCCAAAAAUGUAGAAGAAAACAGCAAGUGUUGAACCACUGCCGAUUGAUGUGUUUGAUCAUCUGCUGGAAGUGUUUUGCAGUGGCUGAUAGCUGUAUUGUAAGCGCCGUAGAAGUGUCAAUCUAAACAGUAGUAGGUACAGCAACGACCUACCAUACUUGCCUAGUCUAUCUAACUGUAAAUAACAUUUUCGGCUACAUCCCUA